AUGGUUUCAGCCUCACUGGGAAGGAACAACUUCUCAGGCAAUCUUCCACCAAACUUUGCCUCUCAUCUUCCCAAUCUUGACGAACUUCUACUGGGAAUUAAUAGGCUUAGUGGUAUUAUUCCUAGCUCCAUCAGCAAUGCUUCUAAGCUUACGAGGCUGGAUGUUGGUGGUAACGCAUUCACUGGAUCCAUACCUCAUACACUUGGGAGUAUAAGAUUCCUUGAGAACCUGCAUCUAGGAGGUAAUAAUCUGACAGGUGAAUCUUCUAUCCAAGAAUUGAGUUUUCUCACUUCAUUGACAAACUGCAAGUGGCUGAGCACAUUGGACAUUACAUUGAAUCCUCUAAGUGGCAUCCUUCCUACUUCUAUUGGGAAUCUCUCUACCUCUCUUGAACGUUUUCGAGCCAGCGCAUGCAAUCUCAAGGGCAACAUCCCUACUGAAAUUGGAAAUUUAGGUAGCCUUUAUCUGUUAUUCCUGGACCACAAUGACUUAAUUGGAACUAUUCCCCCGUCAAUUGGACAAUUACAGAAGCUCCAAGGUUUGCAUCUUUCUGACAAUAAACUACAAGGUUUCAUCCCAAACGAUAUUUGUCAGCUAAGGAAUUUAGUUGAGUUAUUUUUGGAAAAUAAUCAGCUCUCUGGAUCCAUACCAGCAUGCUUGGGUGAACUUACUUUUCUAAGACAAGUCGACUUGGGCUCCAACAAACUAAAUUCCACAAUACCUUUGACUUUGUGGAGCCUGAAGGAUAUCUUGACUUUAGACUUGUCCUCAAAUUUUCUAGUUAGCUAUCUACCGUCAGAUAUGGGAAAUUUAAAGGUUCUGGUAAAAAUAGAUUUGUCAAGGAAUCAAUUGUCAUGUGAAAUUCCAAGUAACGCUGUAGACCUCCGAGAUUUAAUUUCUCUCUCCUUGGCUCAUAAUAGAUUUGAAGGCCCCAUAUUGCACUCAUUUAGCAAUUUGAAGAGCUUGGAGUUCAUGGAUCUAUCCGACAAUGCUCUAUCUGGAGAAAUACCGAAAUCGUUAGAGGGAUUAGUGUAUCUAAAAUAUCUAAAUGUGUCUUUCAAUAGACUAUAUGGAGAGAUCCCCACUGAAGGGCCUUUUGCAAACUUCUCAGCCGAAUCUUUUAUGAUGAACGAGGCACUGUGUGGUUCACCAAGGCUGAAACUCCCACCCUGCAGAACUGGCACUCAUCGGUCUACCACAAUUUCUUGGCUCCUACUAAAAUACAUCUUACCGGCAAUUUUAUCAACACUACUUUUCUUGGCCCUCAUUUUUGUGUGGACGAGAUGCAGAAAAAGGAAUGCAGUCCUUCCAACUCAGUCAGAAUCAUUACUUAUAGAAACAUGGAGGAGAAUUUCUUACCAAGAAAUUUUCCAAGCUACAAAUGGAUUUAGUGCAGGCAAUCUACUUGGUAGAGGAAGUUUGGGAUCGGUAUAUAGAGGAACUCUUUCAGAUGGGAAGGAUGCUGCCAUCAAGGUUUUCAAUUUGCAGGAAGAAGCAGCAUUCAAGAGCUUUAAUGCAGAAUGUGAAAGAUUAAAUAUAAUGAUAGAUGUCGCAUUAGCUAUGGAAUAUCUUCAUCACAGUUGUUCGACACCUGUUGUUCACUGUGAUUUGAAGCCAAGCAAUAUCCUGCUAGAUGAAGAUUUUGGUGGUCACGUUGGUGAUUUUGAGUAUGGUUCCAAUGGAAUAGUUACCACUAGUGGUGAUGUCUAUAGUUAUGGUAUCGUGUUAAUGGAGACGUUUACAAGGAGAAGGCCUACAGAUGAAAUUUUUUCUGAAGAAUUGGGUAUGGGAUUCGCUAUGUGGUUCAAUUACUGA